AUGCUUCGAUCAUUUGCUGUAGUAUUAACACUCAUCUUUAUCAUUUGUUUUACACGUGUUAAAAGUUCGCAGUAUGGUGGUCUAUUCGAGCCAUACCACGGAACACAACCGGACAAUUUUAACAAAAGUGAUGAACACGGAAACAAGUCAAGCAAUUCCAUUUUAAUGGCUGUUCAGACAAUCACAGAAGAUAGUCAGAUUUCGUUUGCAAUUGCUAAAGCAGUGGCCUCCGACUCACUGACUGCAGUUGGUAUAUUUGUAGCCGGUGUGUGUCCAGGGGGCGGUUCCAGCAACAUCUAUACAUAUCUACUGGACGGGGAUCUGUCAUUGUCAAUCACCAUGACGACUAUAAGUACAUUGCUUUCAUUAGCAAUGCUUCCCCUGUGGCUGUACACAUUAGGAAGUGUGUUUCUAGAGGCAAACAAUCUAAAUAUCCCCUACACAGACAUCGUGGUCACCUUAUCUAUAAUUCUUAUACCUUUGUCGGUUGGACUUUUUAUCAGAAUCAAAUUCCCAAAAGUGACAGGUAUGAUAGAAAAAGGUAUGGCAGUCGUGCUUACAAUACUGGCGCUUAUUUUGAUAACAACGGGAGUUAUUUCAAGUUUGUAUCUAUUUAAAAUGUUUAAUUUAAAAAUUAUAGCAGUUGGCUGUAUUUUGCCCUAUGUAGGAUUCUGCCUCGGUGCCGUUAUGUCUUUUAUUUUCAAACAGCCAAGGAAAAGUAUAAAAACUAUCGCCAUAGAAACAGGAAUGCAAAAUACAGCAAUUGCUAUGAUCUUGUUGCUGAAUUCAUUUCCGGAACCGCUUGGUGAUAUUGCUACUGUGGCGCCAGUCUCGGCGGAAGUGAUGUCACCGAUUCCGCCAUUUUUAGCAUCGAUUGUUUACUGA